AUGCGAGUAAAAGUCUCCGGUUCCGGUUUGGCUACCAAAGUUGUAGAGGCCGAUCAGGACUGCGAUCUUUCGGAAUUUUUGAAAUUGGUCUCUCAAGAACUGAGCAGCAACAACGCCAUAGAAUCUCUUCGAUUCGGCUUUCCUCCGCAAACGGUACAAGUGAAUGAAGAGACCAAGAAACAAAAGUUGGAGGACAUCGGUAUAAGCUCGGGAGAAAAAGUGGUGUUGACUGGGAAAAUAGGAAUAACGACAUCCCAAAAUGACAAAUCACAAGAUCAGCAACAACAACAUGGAAAUAAAACAACGAACGCCACUGUCAAACGCAAACUGCGAGAAAACCAGAUAUCAUUAGACGGUAUAUGGCCAAAUCGUAUUCUACAGCUUCAUUCGGUGCCCGAUGACAAUUCCUGCAUGUUCCAUGCAAUCUCUUAUUGCAUGCAUGGAAACUUAUCGCAUUCGCAGUCGUUACGAGAACGAGUGGCAGCAGAGGUGGUCUCAAAUCCUUUUGAAUACUCAGACGCUAUUUUGGGUAGACCCAACGCGGAAUACGCACAAUGGAUUUUGAAAAAAAACUCGUGGGGUGGGGGGAUAGAAUUGGCCGUCUUGUCCAAGGCUCUGCGAUUGGCGAUCUAUGUGCUAGACGUCGAUGCUGGUAAAUUCGAAAAGUUUCACGAACAGCAGUAUGAUGAAUUUAUAAUGGUAGCAUUCAACGGAGUGCACUAUGAUGCUAUGGAGAUUGUGAAUGAAGCAAACGGCCAGGUUUCCAGAGUCUUAAGUCAACACUCAGAACACAUUGAUCGUGUGCUUAGCAGGGCACAGGAAGUGGCAGUAAAAUUGAAGAGCCAAGGAUUUUCAUUUAACACAGCACGCGACCGCAUCCGAUGUAAUACGUGCUCAGAGAUUCUUGUGGGUGAGCGAGACGUUGCACGUCACGCGGAGAAAACGGGCCACGUUGAUUUCGGACAGAGUAAAUAAGGUUUUAAGUUUCUGA